GGUCGGUGUUUUGCGUUGCACCCGUCUGUUUCUCUGGCUGGUUCCAACCGUUCUCUCUCUCUCUCUCUCUUUUGGCGCGCGCGCGAAUGGCUCGAUGCUCCUUCAGUUCUCGAAUCUUUCUCAUCGAUUUCGAUCUUAACUAGCGGUAGAGGGGGUCGCGUUCGCUUGUACGAAGAAUCCGUGGAGAGGAGAAAAGGAAAGCGAUUGAAAUGCGAACGAGAAGCAAAGCAAACACCCCGCAGGAACAACCUUCCGGUGAUGAAGAGAACGUUGGUGGGGGAAAUGAUUCUCAAGGAGGGAGAAACCUGAAACCAUCAAAGACAGAAGGCUAUCCGGGUGUUAAACCGAAGGAGGCAGUUGCAAAAUUGUCGGCUCAAGGUGGUAAAGUAUCGGCGAAGAAGAGAGGGAAGCGUGGUGAUGGUGAAUGCCUCAAUGUGUUGGGGAAGAAGCAAAAGUCCGUUAACAAGGUCGACGGUUCUGUUGAUGGCUGGUCUGCUGCAUCUUCCAAGAGGGUUUCCGAAGAUUUUGCUAAGAUGGACGAAGAAACAGAGGAAAACAAGCGAGAAGAUGGAGAGGGAGCUGCUGCAUGCGAUUCUAAAAGUAUACGUCAUGAACAGCUCAUAAAGAAUGGGCUUAGUAGUGCUUCUCAUGGAGGAGGUUCGGAUUCUGAUGAGCUGGAUUGGGAAGAAGGCAGUGUUUCCUAUUCAGGUUCAAGACGCACUGAAGUCACUGAUCAUUUAAGGAAGAAUGUCACGGUUGAAUUCUCAACGCCAUCGUCUUCUAAAAAACAGCCACGAAGGGCCUCAGCAAAAGAGAAGGAAUUAGCUGAGCUUGUCCACAAGGUUCAUUUGCUUUGCUUGCUUGCACGAGGAAGGUUAGUUGAUGCUGCUUGCGAUGAUCCUCUGAUUCAGGCUUCCUUGUUCUCUCUUUUGCCCCCACACCUACUGAACUUUUCAGAAAAGCAGAAGCUGACAGCCAAUAAGUUGGUUCCUCUUGUUGAAUGGUUGAGAAACAACUUCCAUGUGGACAACCAGAAAACAAUUGAGAGACCCUUUAAGUUAAGCUUAUCUUCUGUCAUUGAAACUCAUGUAGGGAAUUCCGAAGAGAUUGCUGCAUUAUCUGUGGCACUGUUCAGGGCCCUUGGUUUGACUACUCGGUUCGUCUCGAUAUUGGAUGCUGCACCUCUCAAACCAGAUAUCGAGGAUACUGAAGAUCAGGAACUGGAAAAAGUUGGUCAGGAUAAACUCCGCAGCUCAUCUAGAAAGGCGGUGACCAACUUGGGUCAACUCUUCACAGGGGUUCCUCCUUGUGCCUCCACAAGCACGAAAGAUCUUAGAAGCAGCGUUUUAGGAACUUAUCAGAGAAGAAAACAACAAAAAAAUCCUAAUAAUGGAAAUGACAGUAUUCGGCAACUCAAGGAAUCAUCAAAUGCCAGUCAGUUAAAUACACAUUUUAAAGAUGAUAUCAUGAAACCACAAAUUUGUGACACACAUGGCAUAUCUGUAGCCACCGAUUCACAUGCUAGUGGGUCGAAAAGGAAAGGUGACUUGGAAUUUGAAAUGCAAAUAAAAAUGGCUGUUUCUGCCACAGCAGCUGCAGUUGAGCAGAAUGAUCCACACAUAUGUUCUGAGAAUCUUCUCAGUGACUUGGCACAUGUCUCCCCUGAUACAAAAGCUAAAUGUCAAGAAUAUCUUAAUAACAAGGAAGGUUCCUCUGCUUUCUGGACAAGAAAAAUAGGUGCUCCUUUGUAUUGGGCUGAAGUUUACUGUGAGGGUGAGAUGUUGACAGGAAAAUGGGUGCAUGUAGAUGCUGCAAAUGCCAUCAUUGAUGGGGAAAACAAAGUUGAAGCUUCUGUUGCUGCAUGCAAAAAGAUCCUGAGAUAUGUAGUUGCUUUUGCUGGAUUUGGUGCAAAGGAUGUUACCCGGAGGUAUUGUAUGAAGUGGUAUACCAUUGCUUCUAAGCGCAUUGAUGCGAGGUGGUGGAAUGCAGUAAUGGCACCCUUGAAGGAACUAGAGUCUGGAGAAACUGAUGGAAUUACAAGACUUGAGGCACUUAAGAAUGGUGUUUCUACCAGGAGCUCCCUUGAAGAUAUGGAACUUGAAACGAGGGCUUUAACAGAGCCUCUUCCAACUAACCAGCAGGCUUACAGAAAUCAUCAUCUCUACGCAAUUGAAAGAUGGUUGACAAAGUAUCAGGUUCUUUAUCCCAAUGGUCCUUUGCUUGGUUACUGUUCUGGUCAUCCUGUGUAUCCCCGAAGUUGUGUGCAAACAGUAUGCUCAAAACAGAGAUGGCUGCAAGAAGGGCUGCAAGUCAAGGAAAAUGAACUUCCAGCAAAAGUGGUGAAACACACUCGAAAUGUCUAUAGAGUACAAAUAUUUGAAGAUGGUGAUGAGCUCAAAGUGAAUGAUAAGAAAGGAACUUUAGAACUCUAUGGGAAAUGGCAAACUGAAUUGUUAUGUUUACCUCAUGCUACAGAUGGUAUAGUGCCAAAGAAUGACCGUGGCCAAGUAGAAGUGUGGUCUGAAAAGUGUCUCCCACCUGGAACAGUACAUCUAAGGUUGCCUAGGCUGGAACCUGUUGCAAGAAGACUGGGAGUCGAUUUUGCCCCUGCCAUGGUUGGCUUUGAGUUCCGGAAUGGUCAAUCUGUUCCCCUUUUUGAAGGGAUAGUUGUGUGUCAAGAAUUCAGAGAAGCUAUCUUGGAGGCAUAUGCUGAGGAGGAGGAGAGAAGGGCAGCUCAAGAAAAGUUAAGGAAUGAAGUCCUUGCCAUUUCCAGGUGGACUCAACUUCUUUCUUCCAUAAUAACCAGGCAAAGAUUGAAAAACUCAUACGAGACCCCAUCUGCAAAUCCAAUUUCUCAUAUACCCAGUGAUCAGGGUGUUGGCUUAGAGAAAGAAAAGAUAAAGUUGGAUUCACACAGUCCCGUGUGCAAUCAGGGAGAUAAAUUCACUGCUUUGUCUGUCGCUGCAAACAACCAUCAUGAACAUGUGUUCCCAGCUGAAAACCAAAGCUUUGAUGAAGCAAGCUCUCUGCGAACAAAGCGUUGCCCAUGUGGUUUUUCUAUCCAGGUAGAAGAGAUGUAAUGUGCAGUUGUAAUAUUCUUGCUGUUAGUCUGUUUACUGCUGCUGACAUAUUAGGUUCUAUGAUGGGAAAGCCUAUCAGGCAAUUUGGGAAGCCUGGAUUGGUGUUGGCAUGUAAUCAGCUGCUCCGCUCCUAGUAAUAGCACUGAAGAUCCAUUUUGUGAAAGAACGUCAGGCUUUUCCUCUCUCUUUUUUUGGUUCUCUUUCUUCUUUUAAAGACAAAGGACGUGAACUAUUACUGUAAUUAUAGUGAUAAUUCUCAAAGGCUUAUAUAUGAAAUAUAGCAGGAGUUGUAUCCAUGAAAAGGGACAAACAAAUGUUUAACUUUUUUUUGUUUUUUCUGUCAUGAAGCUGAUGAGGCAAAUACGAAGCCAUGA